AAUACCUUUAUAUUCAGACAAGAGGAUAUUUGCAAAAAAAAAAGCUACGAGGUAGUUUUUUGCGUUAGAAUCCGUGAGAAGAAGAAGAAGAAGAAAUAAGAGGAGACACAGACUCAAAUCAAAUCGUCUGUGCCUCCUCUACGAUAUAGUAGUUUUUGGGACCAAAAAAUAAAGGUCAGAGAUGGAUUAUGAAAGUAGUAGUUGGAUUUGGGAAGGGGUAUACUACUAUCCACAUUUGUUUGGUGGUUUAAUGGUUACAGCAGCCUUGUUGGGCUUGUCAACUAGUUACUUUGGUGGGAUUGGGGUUCCUUCUUUGCUACUGCCCUACUCUUGGUCUAAUUUGGGGAUUUUCCACAAGAAGAAGAACAUUGGGAAGAGACGUGUUCGGGUUUACAUGGAUGGGUGUUUUGAUCUGAUGCAUUAUGGACAUGCUAAUGCACUCAGACAAGCAAAAGCUUUAGGUGAUGAAUUGGUUGUGGGACUUGUGAGUGAUGAGGAGAUUGUGGCCAAUAAAGGACCUCCCGUUUUGUCGAUGGAUGAGAGGCUGGCCCUUGUUAGUGGAUUGAAGUGGGUGGAUGAGGUCAUAACUGAUGCUCCUUAUGCAAUUACUGAGAAAUUCUUGAACCGCCUCUUUCAUGAAUACAACAUUGACUAUGUCAUACAUGGCGAUGAUCCUUGCCUGCUUCCUGAUGGAACAGAUGCUUAUGCUGCGGCAAAGAAAGCUGGCCGUUACAAGCAAAUUAAACGUACUGAGGGAGUUUCCAGCACAGAUAUCGUAGGAAGAAUAAUGUCUUCUUUGGAAGAACAAAAAAUUCAUGAAGAUCGCAAUGGUACUGAUGUAAGACCUCAAGAAGAUAGCCAGUCAAAGGUUUCCCACAUAUCCCAAUUCCUACCAACUUCCCGACGUAUUGUGCAGUUUUCUAAUGGCAAGGGUCCUGGACCAAAUGCUCGUAUUGUAUACAUUGAUGGGGCCUUUGAUCUCUUCCAUGCCGGGCAUGUUGAGGUACUUAAGAGGGCUAGGGAACUUGGAGAUUUUCUUUUAGUUGGUAUACACUCUGAUGAGACAGUGAGUGAAAACCGAGGAAAACACUAUCCAAUUAUGCAUCUACAUGAGCGGAGCCUUAGUGUGCUAGCUUGCCGUUAUGUUGAUGAAGUCAUUAUUGGUGCACCUUGGGAAAUUACAAAGGAUAUGAUAACAACUUUCAAUAUCUCACUAGUUGUGCAUGGCACUGUGGCUGAGAAGUCAUUAUACAGUGAAACAGAUCCAUAUGAGGUUCCAAAGAGCAUGGGCAUAUUCCGCUUGCUUGAAAGCCCAAGAGAUCUUACUACUUCUUCAGUAGCACAAAGGAUAAUGGCCAAUCAUGAAGCUUAUGUGAAACGUAAUGCAAAGAAAGCUCAGAGUGAGAAGAGAUACUAUGAAGAGAGAAAAUAUGUCUCUGGAGACUAGCAUGUAUAGACUUAGUUUGUUAAUGCUCCACAAACUUAACCCUGUGAUGGAGAUGCUUGAUAUAUCAGGAAAUCUAUACAUUUGUGAAGGACGACUGGUACAGAGUAUUAUGACAUAGAAUGAUAUCGUAGAUUACUCAGGAAUACCAUUGUACUAUAGUGUCCUAGCAUUUUUCUUGUCAUCUGAAAGGCUCCAAUGUGGUUAGCCCGUCAAGUUUUAUGGCAUUUGUAUUUUGCUCUGGUUUUGCUCUAUUUAUUUAUUUAAUGUAUUCCAAUAUCUGUCGGAAGUUAUACGCGUCACAUGAUCUUGCUUAUAUUUUUUUCAGCUUAAUGGAAUCAUAUUUUUUGAACGUGGAGAA